AUGAAGUAUUUACCAAAGAAGGCACCAAGCCGGGAUGACUGUAGCACCGGAGCUCCUGUCUCCGGUCAUUCGCGUUUAGCUUCAAAUGGCACGUCUGAAGCUUCUCAAAGAGUACUACAUUUUGAGUUCUUUGAAACAGCCCAGUACUUGAAGAGAUUUAUCGUGCCUGUGCGUGCUGUAAAUGUUUCCUGUGCUCCCUCUAUUUCAGCAGGCUCUCCUGCCCUGAAGGGUGAACGUUCCCUGGCCUACCCUCGGGGCAAGUCUUCCCUGGCCUACCCUCGGGGCAAGCCUUCCCUGGCCUACCCUCGGGGCAAGCCUUCCCUGGCCUACCCUCGGGGCAAGUCUUCCCUGGCCUACCCUCGUGGCAAGUCUUCCCUGGCCUACCCUCGGGGCAAGUCUUCCCUGACCUACCCUCGGGGCAAGCCUUCCCUGGCCUACCCUCGGGGCAAGUCUUCCCUGGCCUACCCUCGUGGCAAGUCUUCCCUGGCCUACCCUCGGGGCAAGUCUUCCCUGGCCUACCCUCGGGGCAAGCCUUCCCUGGCCUACCCUCGGGGCAAGCCUUCCCUGGCCUACCCUCGGGGCAAGUCUUCACUGGCCUACCCUCGGGGCAAGCCUUCCCUGGCAUACCCUCGGGACAAGCUUUCCCUGGCCUACCUUCGCGGCAAGUCUUCCCUGGCCUACCCUCGGGGCAAGCCUUCCCUGGCCUACCCUCGGGGCAAGCCUUCCCUGACCUACCCUCGGGGCAAGCCUUCCCUGGCCUACCCUCGUGGCAAGUCUUCCCUGGCCUACCCUCGGGGCAAGCCUUCCCAGGCCUACCCUCGUGGCAAGUCUUCCAUGGCCUAUCCUCGUGGCAAGUCUUCCAUGGCCUAUCCUCGUGGCAAGUCUUCCCUGGCCUACCUUCGGGGCAAGCCUUCCCUGACCUACCCUCGGGGCAAGCCUUCCCUGGCCUACCCUCGGGGCAAGUCUUCCCUGUCCUACCCUCGGGGCAAGCCUUCCCUGGCCUACCCUCGUGGCAAGUCUUCCCUGGCCUACCCUCGGGGCAAGCCUUCCCUGGCCUACCCUCGGGGCAAGCCUUCCCUGACCUACCCUCGGGGCAAGCCUUCCCUGGCCUACCCUCGUGGCAAGUCUUCCCUGGCCUACCCUCGGGGCAAGCCUUCCCUGGCCUACCCUCGGGGCAAGCCUUCCCUGGCCUACCCUCGUGGCAAGUCUUCCCUGGCCUACCCUCGGGGCAAGCCUUCCCUGGCCUACCCUCGGGGCAAGCCUUCCCUGGCCUACCCUCGGGGCAAGCCUUCCCUGGCCUACCCUCGGGGCAAGUCUUCCCUGGCCUACCCUCGGGGCAAGUCUUCCCUGGCCUACCCUCGGGGCAAGCCUUCCCUGACCUACCCUCGGGGCAAGCCUUCCCUGGCCUACCCUCGUGGCAAGUCUUCCCUGGCCUACCCUCGGGGCAAGCCUUCCCAGGCCUACCCUCGUGGCAAGUCUUCCAUGGCCUACCCUCGUGGCAAGUCUUCCCUGGCCUACCCUCGGGGCAAGCCUUCCCUGGCCUACCCUCGGGGCAAGCCUUCCCUGGCCUACCCUCGUGGCAAGUCUUCCCUGGCCUACCCUCGUGGCAAGUCUUCCCUGGCCUACCCUCGGGGCAAGCCUUCCCUGGCCUACCCCCGGGGCAAGCCUUCCCUGGCCUACCCUCGGGGCAAGAACGACCCAUAG